AACGCGGUUGGCAUCAUUGCGUUAGUGUGUCGAUCUUCCCGUGGCGUCCUUAAAUAUAAACAACUUUUCCAAGUGCGAAUUUAAAUAAUCUCGUGUUCGAAGAUGAAGCGCAAAGGAAGGAAAAGUAAAACCGCCGACGACUCGUCGAACGGCGUGGGGGAUCGGGAGGAACAAAAUGGAGAGGCCUCCGAACGCGACGAGCAGGAGUCAGAGGAGCCCGAGGAGAAGAAGAGGAAAUCCGGGAAGCGAAAAAGCUCCUCGAAGAAGGCGGACGACAGCGUCGAGGAGGAGCCCCAGUAUGAGGUGGAGCAGGUGCUUGAUGAAAAAUACAUCAGAGGCGUGCGUCACUUCCUUAUCAGAUGGAAGGGCUACGAGCCCGAAUCGGACACCUGGGAACCGGAAUCGACCCUAAACUGCGCAGAAUUGAUCGCCGACUUCAAAACCAAACAGAAGAAAAAAGGGAAGAAUAAGACCAAGCCAGUCAAGGCUAAAAAAGGAAGAGAGCGGGAAGAUUCUUCUGACCAGGCCACAUGGGACGAGAACGAGGAUUUCGAGGUUGAACGCAUUUUGGACGUGUAUUUCAAAAGGAACGGCAACCGGGAAUUCCUGGUUUCCUGGAAGGGAUAUCCAGCGUCUCAGAAUAGUUGGGAGCCUGAAGAGAACAUGGAUUGCAAGGAUCUGAUCAAGAAAUUCAUGGAUAAGGUGGAGAAAGCGAAAGAAUCUGAUCAAAGGGAGCUGCGAGUGAAGCGAACGCACACAGACAGAUUUACGCUUCUUUCAGAUGGCCAUCGCGGACGUAGAUUAAGCAGAAGAAACCUAGGAAGGCAGAGGGUUCACUACCAUGAUGCCGAAUAAGAAACCAGUAGUACAAUACUUUCAGAGGAAUAUCAAUAUGUGUAUUUAAGAUUAUAUUUUGAACUUACAUAACCCUGAGUUAUUGAUAUUUUUACUGGUUUAACCUUGAAAAACACAGAAAAUGUCUUUUUUUUAUAUAUUAUUACUACAUAGGGUAGCUCUAUAUGGUAAAAACGUGCAAACACAUUAAAUUGAGUUAUUCAGUUAUUCAUUACUUCUACAUUUGUUUAUGAAAAUAAAAAUUAUAAAAUUUAUUAGUAUAAUGUAUUUAUGUACUCCGUGUUUGUGUAAAAUAAAUUUUUACAAAGAA